GUCGCCGACCCCCGCGCCGGCAAUCUCGCCGACUCCCCUACCGACAAGGUCGCCGACCCCCGCGCCGACCAGCCCGCCGACUCCCGCACCGACCAGGUCGCCAACCCCCGCGCCGGCAAGCUCGCCGACUCCCGCACCGACCAUGUCGCCGACCCCCGCGCCGACCAGGUCUCCAACUAACGCACCGGCAAGCUCGCCGACGGCUUCACCGACCAGCUCGCCGACCGCCACACCGACCAGCUCGCCGAUUCUCGCACCGACCAGCUCCCUGACCCCAGCGCCGACCAGCUCGCCAAAUUUUGGACCGACCUUCUCGCCGACCCCCGCGCCAACCAGCUCACCGACUUCAGAAGCGACCACCACAUCUGCGACUGGUGCCAGCACCACUCACACAAACACACCGGUGACGCAGACGAGCACCACUACGCUUCUCUGGUCUAUGAGUGCCUCUAUGUCGUUCGCUUGCCAAGGCACGCGAGUGCAGGUGGAGAGUGCAGCGUCGACUGCAUUGGCUACCCAUUACGGCGUGCCCUUGAGCAUUGUAACCGCGGUUGCUACAGUCCAGUCUCGAAGGCUCAUGUCGGCCAGGGAGCUCACAAGCUCGACUUAUUGGACGGUCGAUUACCAAAUCGUUGCUGACGAAAGCACGAUCGACAGAGUAUACCAGGCUGCGACCGAGUUGUCCGUCGCAGCCAACGCUACCGCCCUGGAGUCAUUCGACGAUCUUCUGAUGAGCGCUUUAUCGGGCGCGGGCGUUGAAACAUCUGAGCCAGUUCAGGCAUUUCACACGGGGUCCCAGAAACAGUUGAUCACAGCCUCCACUUCGGAGGAGGAGCUCGUGACGACAACGACAGAGGAUAACAAUUUCCGAGUUGAAGAAGUUGUAGAGUUGUGGAGAAAAUUCAACCUCGCGAUCGCCGCAGUGAUCGCCGUAUGCGCUACUGUUAGUUUGAUAGUCUUGUGUUGCCUGGCCUACCGCUGCGUGAGGUAUCGCCAGCGGCACAAGAGUCAUCAGUGGUCCCAAGAAGAUCAGCAGCUGUCCUCAAAUUCCCGAACCCAAUGCCUCCGAAUCAAAUGUCCCAAAGGGGAGCCAAGUCGCUUCGGAGACUUUAUCGGACUCGGCAGUCUCAGUCUAGCCUCGUAG